AAGCGAAAUCCGAUAUGCAGGAUAUUUCAUAAUAGAAAUUUGAGCCGAGCAAAUUGGGAAGCCGGGACGAAGACGACAGGAAAAGAUUAGAAACCUAUUUAAAUAUCUGUGGAAAAUAGAUUUGAGUGAUUGCAGUGUUGUCUCCUUCAAUAAAUGACAAUGGCAAGUCAGCUUGGAGUGAGAUUAUGGUCAGCUGCAAAGAAAAUCGACAUAUUCCCAAAACUUCUUUCUGCAGGUAAUCUUGUUAGACCGGCAGCAACCAGCAACAGGAAUUUUCAUUUCUCAAUAGAAGGAAGACAAACAGGAGAUGGAACCAAAACAAGUCAGGUUUCAAGAGACUAUCCUGUUGUUGAUCACACCUUUGAUGCUGUUGUGGUCGGUGCUGGCGGUGCCGGUCUUAGGGCGGCAUUUGGUCUGGCUCAUGAAGGAUUUAAGACCGCCUGUGUCACAAAACUCUUCCCUACCAGGUCACAUACAGUAGCAGCACAGGGUGGUAUCAAUGCUGCACUGGGGAACAUGGAACCAGAUAACUGGAGAUGGCACAUGUAUGAUACCGUCAAAGGCUCUGAUUGGCUAGGAGAUCAAGAUGCUAUUCAUUACAUGACGGAAGAAGCCCCCAAGGCUGUUAUCGAGCUUGAGAACUAUGGUAUGCCUUUCAGCCGAACAGAAGAAGGUAAGAUCUACCAGAGAGCAUUUGGAGGUCAGAGCUAUGACUAUGGUAAGGGAGGUCAAGCACAUCGAUGCUGUGCUGUGGCAGAUAGGACAGGUCAUUCACUGCUACAUACACUCUAUGGACAGUCACUGAUGUAUGAUACAUCAUACUUCAUUGAGUACUUUGCACUGGAUCUGAUUAUGGAAGAAGGGGAGUGUCGCGGUGUGGUGGCGCUCUGCAUGGAAGAUGGCUCAAUCCACAGGAUCAGGGCCAAGAACACUGUCCUUGCUACAGGUGGCUAUGGACGUGCAUACUUCAGUUGUACCUCGGCUCAUUCCUGCACCGGGGAUGGGACAGCUAUGCUUACGAGGGCUGGGCUAGCAAAUGAAGAUAUGGAGUUUGUCCAAUUCCACCCCACAGGUAUCUAUGGAGCAGGAUGUCUGAUUACAGAGGGAUGUCGAGGAGAGGGUGGAUACCUCCUCAAUAGUGAAGGCGAAAGGUUUAUGGAAAGGUAUGCUCCUACCGCCAAGGAUCUUGCAUCAAGGGACGUUGUCUCGAGGUCGAUGACUAUUGAAAUCAGAGAAGGAAGGGGCUGUGGACCGGACAAGGACCAUGUAUACCUGCAGCUGUCCCAUCUACCACCCCAGCAGCUCGCCACCAGACUGCCUGGUAUCUCGGAGACUGCCCAGAUCUUCGCUGGUGUGGACGUGACCAGGGAUCCAGUCCCGGUGCUCCCGACUGUCCACUACAACAUGGGCGGUGUGCCUACCAACUACAAGGGACAGGUCCUGGAAUACAGUGAUGAGAAUGGUGACACGGUUGUUCCUGGUCUGUAUGCCUGCGGAGAGGCUGCCUGCGCCUCGGUCCAUGGUGCCAACAGACUUGGAGCUAAUUCACUUCUGGAUCUGGUUGUCUUUGGACGUGCUUGUGCCCACACCAUCACGGAAGAGAACAAACCAGGAGACCUGAUCCCAGAUAUCAAAGCGAAUGCCGGUGAGGCUUCGGUGGCCAAUGUUGAUAAGUUGAGGUAUGCCGACGGUGAUAUCAAGGCUGCUGAACUCAGGCUCAAGAUGCAAAAAACAAUGCAGAACAAUGCAGCAGUGUUCAGGACCGGAGAGACAUUAUCAGAGGGUUGUGAGCUCAUCAGUGAUGUCUACAAGAACCUAGAUAACAUCAAGCUCUUUGAUCGUGGCAUUGUGUGGAACACAGAUCUGAUUGAGGCUCUUGAACUACAGAAUCUUUUGUUGAACUCGGUCCAGACCAUGGUCAGCGCUGAUGCACGGAAAGAGAGUAGGGGAGCCCAUGCUAGAGAGGAUUUCAAGGAUCGUAUUGAUGAGUAUGAUUAUAAGAAACCCCUUGAAGGUCAAGAGGAGAAACCUAGUUCAGAACAUUGGAGAAAACAUACCAUGUCAUACAUGGAUGAACAGACCGGAGAGGUCAAGCUGGAGUACAGACCAGUCAUUGAUGAGACCCUAGACCAACAGGACUGUGCUUCUGUGCCGCCGGCCGUCCGGUCUUACUAAACAAGCAUCCAUCAGAACAUCACGAAGGAUUAUACAUAUAUACAUUUUAACUUGUCUAGAACCACCACCGUCGGGAGUCCAAAAGGUUUAAUUGACGGACAUGUCCCUUCAAACCAUGUUUUGAUAGAGAAUAUUAUCAUAAGGAAACCAGGUUGUGGUCUUUAUUGACGGUCUUUCUACACAGCUGGUUUCUAAAGCAAGUUUGACAGUACACCACAGAAGCUAUGGUGAGUAUAAAAACUAUGUGGCCCUGGAUUAGAUUUCAUAAAUGUCGUCUCACCGAAGAUGUUUGAUAAAUGUUGUCACUUUCCUAUCAACAGUGAGUUGAUUAUUACUCAAAUUAUGGUAAAAGAUGGAGGCUACUUCAAUCAUUUUGUAACAGGGGUCUAAGGUUUGGCCCUGUAUAUUUUAAACUACAAAGAUAAAGUUGCCAUCACCCUUCUGCAGUGAAUAUGAAACCAUAUUCCAUGAAGUCAUGUCUACUGCUUCCCGAAAAGCAUAUUGUUACAAGAUAAUUUUGUCACGUCAUCAAUGAUAAGUGCUUAUUUUUUUAAUGUCUUUUGCUUUAAAGUGGGAAUGUGUGUGUUGUGCCGGGUUAACUGUGUAUUUCUGAAUGCUCCUGCCGAAGUAGAAUGUUGUGUUCUCUCUUAUCUUAAUUUAAAUUUGGGUGUGCUACAUUGAAUACUGUGAUACCCAAGAAAGCCCUCAAGGCUUAUAGUCUUCUCACAAUGCUUAUUUGGAAACGAUGGGGAGCGUAUGAAAAUUGUGGAAUAUAAAUUGUUUAUCCAGUGAGUUUUUUGUUUCAGAUAUUUCUGCAAUAUGAACCUAGUUUAUUACCAUCACCCAUCUCCCGUUUUGUUUUGUUUCUUUAAGAUCAUUUCAUGAAUGGUGUUCAUGUGCGCUCCAUUUACAUCAUCAUUAUGAAAUAAAUAUAUACACACUUUGUAUUACCCGAGAAAUGCAUUAUUUCUGGCUUUGUUUUGCCCAUCGUUCAGUUGUUUCCUGUUGUGGAUAUCGUGUGAAUUUUGUUGUACGCAGUAUCAUUGGCGGCGGAAGCCGAAAAAAAAUUUUGACCAGCAAAAAAAAUAAAUAAAUAAAAAAGUUAUCAACCAAAAAUUUUAGGGGGGACGCAGGAAAAAAAAAUUGACAAGCAAAAAAAAAAAAAAAAAAAGGUUAUCAACUAAAAAUUUAGGGGGGGACAUGUCCCCCCCGCUUCCGCCGCCUAUGCGCAGUAUACAUCCAGUAAAUGUUGUUCAAAUACUUGAUUAUUUAAAUGAAGCUAGAUACAUCCCUAUGAAUCAAGCAUACAUUGUCUGGUCAGUGAAUAAUCUGGUAGAAUAAAAAUUAUUAUGCCUCAGCAUACCAAACUGAAUUAUUUCCAGUGCGGUCUCCUUUGGAUUUGUUUUAGAUCAAGCUGAGAAUUGUGGUAAAGUGAGACAUUAAGGGACAUCCUUCCAUAUGUUGACAUGAAAACCAUUUUAUAUGCUAUCUAUGAUGUGAUGUGAUCCCCAAUUAUAUUGCACUCUGUUAGUGAAAUCAAACAGUUUUGUAAAGCAUGAUAUGACUAGCAUGGUAAAUGAUAAACCAUGUCUUAUAUGAUUAUGUAUUUUAUUUACUGUUUGAUUGCAAAGAAGAUAGAAGUUUUUGUUCUACCUCUAAAUUCACACAUCUAGAAGUUAAGAUGUUAAUGAUAUGUUUUCCUAGAUUGAUAAUGUGUAACAAAUGCAAGAUAGAUUCAAUUUACUUAAGGAUUGGUUGUAAUUUUGCACUUUUCUUUGUAUAAAAUGAUUUAUUAUAUGAAAAAAUUGGUAUUGAAUAUUGAUAAUGAGGGUUAUUAUGUAGGACUGAUAUCAAUUAUAGACUUGAAUUUCUUAAUCUGUGUUGCAGGGAUUCAAAAUUUAUUUAUAAAUAAGUUAAGACGAAAGAAAUCCCAUGAUGUGAGUUAAUGGAGAGCUGUAUCAUUUUGAAGAUUCCCCCCCCCCUUUUAUAUUAAUAUUUUUCCUGUAAAUGAGAUAUACAUGUAUAUGCUAUCAAUGUACGUUUUCAAUUUGUCAUUAGGGGUAUUCAGCUAUUAAUAACCACAUCAAGAUUCAUAUACAACUUGAUGAGCUACCAGAAUCUUAAAUUACUUCGUUCACUUUUGUAUCCAGAAAAAAAGUAAGAAAGGAAAGAAGAUAAUUGCACAAACUUUCUUUUUGUAGGCGAGACAAAGAAAGUGACUUUUUGUUCAUUAAGUACACCUGAUGGUCACAAUAUCUCCCCCAUGGAAUGCAACGCACAAGAUUCAAGUUGUAACUGUUGCUCACUCUCCUAUUAAUAUUUUCAGUUGCUGUGGUAUACUAGUAUAACAUAUCACCACAUAACUCGGAAUGCGUUCAUGGGAUGCACUCUACCACCACUCAUAUAUCCAUGAGAUUUCAAAUUUAAAUUUCUGUGAAUGAGCAUUGAGCAGGAGUUUUAAGUCAGAUUUAACUCCCCAGAGAGAGAGAGGGGGGGGGGGUGUUUCACAAAAAGAAUGACUUAGAGUCAUGCUUAAAUGCCAACGCGCACAUGAUUGUGUAACAUGGAAUCCUAUUGAUGAAUACGCAGUAGUGCAUGUUAUCUUAGCAUGGUUUGACCAAUGUAGUGAUGUCUUUUACACCGCACACAAGUUACUGGGAAUUUAAGUGUGACAUUUGUGAAAUCUCCCCCCCCCCCCCCCAGGUUUUAUCAUUAUAUCCUGCUUCAUGUUAUAACACCUUUGAGGGGCUGUAUCUGCAAUGGUAAAGUUUUAUUUCAAUUGUGCAAAUGAUGUAAUCAUGAAGGCAUAUAAAGUUGAAAGGGGAUAGCGAUAGUGUUAACAUGUAGGUUGUGUCGUUACACCACUCGGAAGGGAGUAUGGUUACCACAUAAAAUUAGCCACCAUUGUAAAUGAAGGACAAGAGGCUAGUUGAAAAAGCAUUACAAUCUUGAAGAUGCAUUUAUGCAUAGCACCAUACAAUUCACCAUACAAUUCACAUUCAAUACAAUCCACCCAUACCACCAUGAAAUUCACUUGUAUCAUGAAUUCUAACUAAAUUAUCCAGAAUGUGGAUGAAUACAUUUUCUGAUGCUUCUAAAUAGUUUUGGGUAAUUUCAUGAUAGUGUGAAUGCAUUCUGAAAUAGAGAUAGUAAAAUUAUUAUAUUUGGGCUUAAGUACUGAAAUUUGUGAAUUAUUUGAAUCCAUGAUUUUGUUUUUCUUAACAUAUUGAAAAGAUUUCCAAUGAGAUGUUGGCAGUGAAAUGUCUUUAAUAUAUGAAUUCUGAUAGACAGUUUCUCUCGUAAUGGAAUCCCUUCCAACUUGACUUGUUAGACUUGAUGCAUUUCAAAUUUAAAAAAAUACUUUAACUAGGGCAAUAUAUUGUUGGAUGUACACUGUACAUUGAUCAAAGGUGGUUUGGUUGAUAUUGAAUGACCUCAUUCACAUUGAAUGCAUAAAUGUGCUUUCCGACCAGACUAUUGACUUCUGAUGUGGUAGUAUUACCUAAUAGAAUUCUACAUUACGAUUCUUUAACAAACCUAUCAUAUUUGGUGUUACAUGUAGAGUAAUAAAGAUUUACCUAUUGUCUUUUGUAAAUACAGAUUUAGUUGAAUUGUUCAGCUAAUAAAUUCUCCUCUUGAGGGAAAUGAAAUUA